UAGACAAAGCGAUUUAUAGAUGACGUGUACCAAUAUGGCGUUCAUAAAUAUGGCGUUCGAAUACUAGUUCGAAUUGUUUGUAUAAUAACGAUAACUGAUAUUUAAUUUUAUUUAUUUACUGUGUAACAAGUCAUGACAUGACUAUUACAUAAUUACACAGUUUUAUAUAUCGUUAUUAAAAAAAAAUAAUAAUAAAUAAGACUGAAAACUUUUAAUUGUGCAUAAUAGUUGUACAUAAGAGGUUACCUAUUACUUAGGCAUGGAUCCAGAAUUUCUUUCUAGAUUAAUACCUCAAAACAAAGAACAUGUACGUCCAGCAUGUAAGAAAUGUGGAUAUGCUGGACAUCUUACAUACCAAUGUCGCAACUUUAUUAAAGUUGAUCCAAACAAAGAGAUUGUUUUGGAUGUUAGCAGUACUAGUUCUGAUAGCGAUGAAAAUUAUGUGACCCCUUUGACUGAAUUACGUGAAAAAGAAUUGAAAAAGAAGCUACAGGAAGCUAAGAAGAAACACAAAGAAAAGAAAGAUAAAAAAAAAUCUAAGAAACGUAAAAGAUUAACACCAAGUGAAAGUGAAUCAGAAACAGAACUUUCUAGUGAUGAAGAAAGGAAACAUAAACAUAAAAAGAAGAAAAGGAAACAAUCAAAACAUAAAAAACAAAAGAAACAUAGAAAGGAUAAUUUAUCAGAGAGUGAUAGCGAUGACAAAAAAAGAUAAUUUCUUUUCAUUUAUCGAUAUACAUCAAACCGAAUGUAUAUAUAUUUUAUUCAAAUUAUAAAUACAAUGUACAUAGUAUUAUACUGUUUGUAAAUAAAUGUGUAUAAAAUUA